UAGCCGCGUGUAUUGAAUUCUUUGAAUGAGUUAUUGUAGUCGUAGCGCCGCUAAUUAUUUAUGAAACAACAAUGUCUUCAGUUGGGAGUUUGAGAGAGUUUGUCAACGAGCGACUAACUGCUGCUGCUGAAGAAAUAUUCAGAGUUUUUAAAAACACUAUCGUCGAGUACGAGGAAGAGAUCGAUCGUCAGCGCAGACUGCUGGAUAUCGUUUGGAAACCCGAAAUAAAGUUACACAGGAUAGAGCUCCCACAGCAACAUGUCUGUAAGGAGGAGGAGGUUCUGGCUGACCAGCAGCUCUGUAUUCAGGAGAGGAUCCCCGGGCUGGACCAGGAGGACCCACAGCCUCCACAGGUUAAAGAGGAACGGGAGGAACUCUGUACCAGUCAGGAGGGAGAGCCGCUUGUAGUGAAGCAGGAGUCUGACACCUUUACCGGUCUGGACCAGGAGGACCCAGAUCCUCACCAGGUUAAAGAGGAACAGGAGGAACUCUGUACCAGUCAGGAGGGAGAGCCGCUUGUAGUGAAGCAGGAGACUGACACCUUUAUGUUGACUCCUACCUAUGUGGAAAGUGACCACAGUGAAGCAGAACUGAAAAGUGACCACCAGCUCCUCUCUCACAACUGUCAUGUAGCUGAGAGCCAAGAUCAGACUCAGGAUCAAGUAGAGAUGCAGAGCCAAAACAAUACGCUAUGCCAUAGAAGAACCCACUCUGGUGAGAAACCGUAUUCUUGCAAAACAUGUGGGAAAUCUUUUAGCCGGAGUUGUCACUUGAAAGUCCACGUGCGAACCCACACAGGUGAGAAGCCGUACCUUUGCAAGACUUGCGGGAAAAGAUUCAGUGACAAUUCAGGAUUUAAAAGACAUAUAAGAAUCCACACAGGUGAGAAGCCGUACCUUUGCAAGACCUGCGGGAAAAGAUUCACUGACACUUCAUCAUUAAAAAGACAUAAAGGAACCCACACAGGUGAGAAGCCAUAUUCUUGUGAAACAUGUGGGAAGGCUUUCACAACUGUACUCUUGAAAAAGCACGGAAGAGGAGAACACACAGAGCUCCCACAGCAACAUGUAUGUAUGGAGGAGGAACUCUGUACCAGUCAGGAGGGAGAGCAGCUUGUAGUGAAGCAGAAGACUGACACCUUUAUGUUGACUCCUACUCAUGACGAAAGUGACCACAGUGAAGCAGAACUGAAAAGUGACCACCAGCUCCUCUCUCACAACUGUCAUGUAGCUGAGAGCCAAGAUCAGAAAGAAGGCGAGCAUGAAGACUCAGGAUCAACUAGAGAUGUAGAGCCAAAACAAAAUUGCCAUACAGGUAAAAACUCUUUCACAUGUGAGACAUGUGGAAAAGGGUUUCAAUACAUGUCAGAAUUUCAGAGACACGGGAGAAUUCACACAGGUGAGAAGCCGUAUUCUUGCCAAACAUGUGGGAAUUGUUUUAGAGGGAGAAGUGCCUUGAUAGUCCACAUGAGAACCCACACAGGUGAGAAGCCGUAUUCCUGCAAAACGUGUGGGAAAGCCUUCAGAACCAGGGAUCACUUGCAACUCCAUAUAAGAACCCACACAGGUGAGAAGCCAUAUUAUUGCAAAGCAUGUGGGAAUUAUUUUAGAUGGAGAGGUGCCUUGAUAGUCCACAUGAGAACCCACACAGGUGAGAAGCCGUAUUCUUGCAAAACAUGUGGGAAAGACUUCAGAACCAGCAAUCACUUGCAACUCCAUAUUAGAACCCACACUGGUGAGAAGCCGUUUUCUUGUGAAACAUGUGGGAAAGAUUUCAGAGUUAGUGGUGAAUUGAAAAACCACAUGAGAAGAGAACACACAGGUGAGAAGCUUUAUUCCUGUGAAACAUGUGGAAAAGCUUUCAGAGUUUGUGGCCAAUUGAAAAACCACAUAAGAGAAGAACACACAGGUGACAUGCCGUAUUCUUGCGAAACAUGUGGUAAAUCUUUUAGCCAAAGGGGUCACUUGAAACUCCACCUGAGAACCCACACAGGUGAGAAGCCGUACCUUUGCAAGACCUGCGGGAAAAGAUUCCGUGACACUUCAGCAUUUAAAAGACAUAUAAGAAUCCACACAGGUGAGAAGCCGUACCUUUGCAAGACCUGCGGGAAAAGAUUCACUGACACUUCAGGAUUUAGAAGACAUAUAAAAAUCCACACAGGCCAGAAGCCAUAUUCUUGUGAAACAUGUGGGAAAGCUUUCAUAGUUAGUAGUCAAUUGAAAAUCCACAUAAAAGAACACACAGGUGAGAAGCUGUAGCUUUUCACGACGGAAAGAUGUGUUGAUGCAUCUGAUUUGUCAGAUGAAAAAUAAUUUUGUAAUUACCAUGUGUCCACGAAAUAGUAUCUCGUGAUAGGCCAUCUCGUGGCCACAAGAUAGUACCUUGUAGCCACAAGUAAAGUGUAUAUAAAAAAUCAAAUGUGUGUUGAAUGUAAACUCAUCACCAUUAAAUGUGAAUUUAUCUGAGAAUAUUCUUAAAUAUUCAACAAAGUGUCGUGAAUCAGCUCUAAGACUGACACUUAAGACUUAUUCCUACACUUCAUUUAAAUUAGGACUGAGAUGCAUGAUAACUAAAUUUUAAGCGCAGCUUUGAGCCAAGAAUUCUUUAACUCUUAAGUCAAUUCUUAGCAGUGUAUUUAUGAAUAAAUAAAUACGGGCCCUGAGCUAUGUUGGCCCAGCUUGGACUUAACGCUGCUCCUAAGCCUCUGGACCGGACAAAAUGGGAAAAUCAGAGACUGCUGUGACCAAAUCUUUACAGAGACCUGCUUAUCAACAUUCUGGAUCAAGCUGUCAGCACAAGACUCCAGGGAGGGACUCCGUUUUACAUGAUGAUGCUUGGUGCUAAAAUGCUGUUGAGAUGGAUAGUGUUUCCUAAAUGUCAGACUUUUUAUGUGAGAAUGAUUAACACAUUAUCAUCUUGUUGCUGCUGUUUAAGUUCACCACAGAGCAAAGAAAAACUGCGGAUACCAGUUGCCAUAGAUAUUGUUUUUUAUAUGUUAUCUUAUAUACAGAUCUGUUAAGUUCUGUGUGUAGGCUGCCAUUAAUCAGAGAAGGGUAAUUACAUAGCAAAAUGGUUGCCAAAAAGCGUAUACUUGCCUAGACCUAUAUGUGGGGCAUCUUGUAUGACUUUGACUUGAUCAUCUGAGUUUUUAUUCUGAAAUUGCUAUGUAUAUAAAUAACUAUGUUGUUUCAUUUUAUUUUUAGGUGUUACCAUAUUUGAAUAUUUGACUGUUUAAUUAUCUGUUAAAUUCUGCGUGUGGCAUGAAGCAAGGUUCAAACUACGCAGGAGCUUGGCUUCUCUUAAGACAUGAGCUCCCCUAGAAAAUAUGAUUUGUGACAUUUUGGGGGUCUCUAAAAUGUUGACAAUAUUCUAUUUUUGCCAGCUGUGGUAGCACUGCAGCCAUUUAUUUCUAUUUUUCAGUAACAUGGAUCAUGCGUAAAAUCAGGAGUGUCUGGAUUCAUCCGAAACCUGAUUUUAUGCAUGUUCCAUGAUACAGAAAAAUAAAAAUUAAUGGCUGCAGUGCUAUUGCAGCUGGAGGCUCUCCGCAGCGUCACGCAACUUUCUUUGUUUUUUCGUAAAAAAGUAUUUCAAAUAUGACAAAUGGGAAAGCUUUUAACUACAAGUCAGAAUUUCAGAGACACCACACAGCGUACACACAGGUGAGAAGCAUAGAUAUUCAAUUCAGUAAAAAGAUUUAUAACCUCACAGUUCUGCAACAGGUGAGUCUGUAUUUACAUACAUUACAUUAGAUUUCAGCAACAGCAUUUCUAAGAACAGUCUGUCUUCUACGUCUUUCAAUCUUUGUUUCACAGAGAGGCUGUUUAACUAAUGCUGCAGGAUGUAUAAUAGGCAAAAUGUAGCUCACCGUUGAUUAGCUACUACGUAUAAAUGUUACAUGUUAGGACAUCAGUGACAUUUGAUUAAUGUGCAAAAAUAUUUGCAUAAGUAAUACAAAAGACGUCUGUGAGUCAAGCCCACAUCUUAGAGGGAGAUAUUGUACUUUUUACUUUUUCUUACUUUACAAAUGAGUUUUUUUUCACACACAACAUAAGAAAAUGUAUACAAAAAUAUAUAUUUUUUAUAAAUCAAACUACCCAACAGUUUAUACAAGUAGGAGCUGAAUCAGUAUCAGAUUUAUUACCAAGUUGUUUUUACACAGUAUUCUUUUAUCUUUGCCAGCUUUAGGAAUCUGUGUGAUUAAACCUCAUGCUUGAUAUCAGUUCUUUCUUCGAUACACUCUAUCAGUGCUUGGGAUAAAAUAUAUUUCUUACAUCAUUCCAAAAGAUGACAUUUUAUUCAAAGCUUUAUUUACUGACGCUGGAAUAUUCACUCACUGUGAAACAAAGAUUUCCAAGACGUACAAGAUUGUUAUAAGAAGUGCUGUUGCUCAGACAUAAUUGUAAUGCAUGUAAAUAAAUUGACUUGAUUGUUGCUGAACUGUGAGGUUAUACAUUUUUUACUGAAUUGAAACCGUAUAUAAGAAUAUUGCUUCUCCCCUGUGGGGAGGCUCUGGUGUUGCUGAAUAUUUGACUUUUAAAAGCUUUUCCAUUUGACACAUUUGAAGAAGUUUUUCACGCAUUAACCUAUGGUGAAAGUUUUUAGUGUGACUCUUAUAUUUGUAAUGACUUUCCUGUGGUUUUGGAUCUGUGUUUGUAGUUGAUAGAGUCAAUGGUAUUUCUCAAAAUAAACAACAUUAACAGACAA